CGCAGUAAUUUAGCCAACUGGUGGGAGUGAAAAUGACUUCUUUUCUGUACAAAGACGGACUACGACAGAGAGAGGGAAAGCAGUUUUUUUGGGGGGGAAAGGAGCUUCUGCCAUUUGUUGAUAGUGUUUCAAUUCUGUACAGUAGCGACGAGCUCUUGUCUGCCCCAUGUUAAAUAUCCAGUUUAAGGAUUAAAUUCCCAGUCAAGGAAAACAGUUGUGAGAAAAUGCAUGGCUCGUGAAUCAUGACCACUUUUGAACUAAACGUUUUUAAGCGUGCGCAUUUUUUGCAGCGCACCUAACGCCAUCUCCACAACAGCAGCCAAGGACAAGAGAGCAUCAGCAGAUCGAGUGAGAGGAGGAGAGAGGAAGGUGCCUCCUCUCGCCAUUGCCACCAUAACAAUCACCACCACCACCAUCGCCUCUAUCUUCGAGUCCAUGUCGGUGAAGAUGAUGCUGCACUAACAGGCGGCGGGAGGAGUGCCGGAGCGCGGGAGGGAUUUUAACUUGAAAACGCGGACGAAACAUAUAUAUUUUUGGAUUUCGGCUCUAUUCCCCUUCGCCAAUGCAAAAGGAAAUAUGCAGCGAAGCUUCACCAUCCUCUACACCAGUUUACUGGGGAUGUGCUUGGCUUCAAGUGCAAGUUUCCCAAGUAACAUCAAUAUAGGAGGAUUGUUCCCCACCGAGUCCCACGAAUAUGAAGUGUUUCGCUUCGCCCUCUCUCACCACCAGGACAUCCCCAAACUGGUGCCGCAGGUCGAUAUGGUCAAAAUGGGCAACAGUUUUUCCAUGACAUAUGCCUUCUGCUCCCAGUUCUCCAAAGGAGUGUACGCCAUCAUCGGCUUGUAUGACAGGAAGACGGUGAACAUGCUUAUGUCCUUCUGCGGCGCCCUGCACGUCUGCUUCGUUACCCCAUCCUUCCCGAUUGAGACGGCUAACCAGUUUGUCAUCCAGCUGAGGCCUGAGCUACAGGAUGCUCUCGUGGGUGUGAUCGAAUACUAUGGAUGGACCAAGUUUGUCUACAUGUACAGUUCAGACUCGGGUCUGUCUGUGCUCCAGAAGGUCCUGGACACAGCAGCAGAGAGGGACUGGCAGGUGACGUCGGUCAACGUGGAGACCAUGACUGAGGCGUCUUUCUUGAAAGUGUUCCAGGAUUUGGACAAGAGGAAGGAGGGACAGAUUAUCAUCGACUGUGAGACAGAGAGGCUUACUGGCAUUCUUAAAAAGAUUGUUGAGCAAGGCAAGAAUGCAAAGAGUUACCAUUACAUCUUGGCUAACCUGGGUUUUCUGGACAUUGACCUGACAGACCUACGGAAGGGUGGAGCGAACAUCACCGGCUUCCAGCUUGUCAACAACUCGGAGCCCGGCGUCAGUCGCGUCGUCCAGCAGUGGAUUGAGUUUGACAACAAAGAUUCCAAAGUGCCCAAGAGUGGACUCAAAUACACUGGAGCUCUGACAUAUGAUGGUGUAAAAGUCAUGUCAACAGCGUUCCAGAAUUUAAGGAGACAGCGAAUAGACAUCUCGCGCAGGGGCAACGCUGGGGAAUGUCUUGCCAACCCACCAGCUCCCUGGGGUCAGGGCAUAGACAUCCAGAGAGCCUUGCAGCAGGUUCGUAUUGAAGGACUGACUGGUCACAUUCAGUUUAAUGAAAAAGGCCGCAGGACCAACUACACUGUUAGUGUCAUGGAACUGGCUCCAUCAGGACCCAAAAAGGUUGGAUACUGGAAUGAAGAUGAGAAGUAUGUGACCACGGCAAGUUUCACGAGAGGCAGCAAUGACACUUAUGGCCUUCAGAACCGAACUUACAUUGUCACUACUAUCUUGGAGUCUCCAUAUGUGAUGCUGAAGAAAAACCAUGACCAGCUUGUCGGCAAUGAUAAGUACGAGGGCUACAUUGUGGAGCUGGCUGCAGAGAUAGCAAAACAUGUUGGCUACCAGUACAAAUUGAAGAUCGUUUCAGAUGGCAAAUAUGGAGCCAGAGACCUUGAAUCCAAGAUGUGGAACGGCAUGGUUGGAGAACUUGUGUAUGGGAAAGCAGAUGUGGCUGUGGCUCCUUUGACCAUCACCUUGGUCCGUGAGGAAGUCAUCGACUUCUCCAAGCCCUUCAUGUCACUGGGUAUCUCCAUCAUGAUCAAGAAACCCACCAAAUCCAAACCUGGAGUGUUCUCCUUCCUGGACCCUCUGGCCUACGAGAUCUGGAUGUGCAUCGUGUUUGCCUACAUUGGAGUCAGCGUUGUGCUGUUCCUUGUCAGUCGCUUCAGCCCAUAUGAAUGGCACGCAGACGACUACGAGGAGGGAGGCGAACCGCAGAGCCCCACUCAGGCGGCGGCCUCUAAUGGGUUGCAGCAGGGCCAGACAACCACCCAGCAGAACACCAACCAGCAGAGCGUGGAGCAGACCAAUGAGUUUGGCAUUUUCAACUCCUUGUGGUUCUCUCUGGGGGCCUUCAUGCAGCAAGGCUGUGAUAUCUCACCACGCUCCCUUUCAGGUCGCAUAGUUGGAGGAGUGUGGUGGUUCUUCACCCUCAUCAUCAUCUCCUCCUAUACUGCCAACUUGGCUGCCUUUCUGACAGUGGAGAGGAUGGUCUCUCCUAUAGAGAGUGCUGAAGAUUUGGCCAAGCAAACAGAGAUUGCCUAUGGAACACUGGAUGCUGGGUCUACUAAAGAGUUUUUCAGGAGGUCUAAAAUCGCUGUGUUUGAGAAAAUGUGGUCCUACAUGAAAUCCGCCGACCCGUCGGUGUUCGUCAAGACCACAGACGAGGGCGUAAUAAGGGUGCGGAAAUCCAAGGGAAAAUAUGCCUACCUUCUGGAAUCCACAAUGAAUGAGUACAUAGAGCAGAGGAAACCCUGCGACACAAUGAAAGUGGGAGGAAAUCUGGACUCAAAAGGUUACGGCAUCGCCACUCCCAAGGGCUCCCCCCUCAGAAUCCCAGUAAACCUAGCGGUGUUGAAACUCAAUGAGCAAGCCGUCUUAGACAAACUGAAAAACAAAUGGUGGUACGAUAAAGGGGAGUGUGGCAGCAAGGACUCCGGAAGAAAGGACAAGACAAGCGCUCUGAGCCUCAGCAACGUGGCCGGAGUCUUCUACAUCUUGAUCGGCGGCCUGGGCCUGGCCAUGCUGGUGGCACUGGUGGAGUUCUGCUACAAGUCCAGGACCGAAUCACGUCGAAUGAAGGUUCUAAUUGGAGUAUGUCUUAUCCCCCAACAGCAAUCCAUCAAUGACGCCAUGCGCUGUUCCACCCUGACCAGGAUGAGCGGGAACGGGAGCGGAGGAGAGAAUGGACGCCUCCUCACCCACGACUUCCCCAAAACCAUUCAGACACUGCCGUGCAUGAGCCACACCGCCAGCAUGGGACUGGGUGCCUCUGGCAUGUGAUCACAUUACUCAGUUUUGGGGAAGGGGAGGGCAGGAAGUAAGCAGGGUGGGACAGGAAGAGUACAAGACUCUGAAAAAAAAAAAAAAAAAGUCAUGUCUAUGUGAUUUGACCCAUCUACUCUGGCUGUGCCCGACUGGAACGAGAUUUAACUUACUGCCAAAAUGCACUCUUUAAACAAACUCCUUACAAGCGACAGAGACUCAUGACAUUUUUUUUAAUACGUGGAUAUUUGCAAUGUAAAAAAAAAAAGUAAAAAAAAAAAAAGAAGGGAAGUGUGCUGCAAUAAAGAAUCCGGGUGUGUUUUUGCAUUUUUUACCGUGUUCAUUUCUGUGGGGUAAAAAAAAAAAACAAAAAAAACUUUAACCUUAAGUGUGACGCCUGCGUUGUGCCAUUUGGAUGGAGUUGUUAGUUUGCGUGUGCAAUAUUUUCACCUCUACUGCUGACCUUGUACUACCUAGAUGCUUUCUGGUGACUGAUGGUGUCUUUGCACAAAUGUGGUGGUGAGGACGAACAUUUGUGACCGCUGUGAUGAUUUCAUUUGGUUUUUUUUAUGUUUGUUUUGGAGCCAUGCCUGCACUCUUUUCGUUCUUUUACACUUUGGGAGGACCAAGUGCUCUGUAGCCUAGCCAGGUUUUAGUACGUGGUCUGCACUGCUGUAUAAUGUGAAAAGUGCGGUUGAGUUGAUUCACUUUCCAUUAAAGGCUGAUGCUGUCUGACGCCGCGGUGCUUGGCCAGGCUAGAACAAAACGUGCAUUGCUGCUACACCUCAUGUAACACAUCAUGCCUUGUCUUUGUGCCAUAGCGCCGUUAUUUGUAUGCACACACACUUGUGAUGUUUUUUAAACAAUGUCUGUGAUGAUAGAAAAGGCACACUGGCGCAAAAUAGUGGCUAUGAGUGACCUUACACUGUAUCCUGCUGCUAUGACAUUCCCAGCACACCCACUGCUAUAUUCUGAAAUCGAUUAGCAGUACAUGUGGAAUAACAAAGAUUGGCUCCAGAAAGAACCAGGAGAAAAGGGUCCUGGACAUAUUGCUUUUUUUAUUCAGUUUUAAUGAAAUGGGCAGUGCUGCUAGUCACACACAAUUUCCUUCGCACAUUGUGCAGGUGGCCCGCUUUCAAAUAAAUCCACGUCAAAUACUGUUACAGGAAUUACACAAUACAGGAAUCAUUUUUAGUCAGCGUUCCCAUAAAUAUUAGGCAAUGUCAUUUUUUUAUAUUUUCUUCAAAAUUUAAGAUUGCACUAAUUAGAAAUUUAUUUAAUGCUUAAUAUUUUUUUUAAAACAUUUUUGAAAUAUUACUGGUACAGUACAUUAUUCUUGAAAAUGUCAAUUUUUAAUAGUUUUUUUUUAAUGAAAUUCACUCAUUUUAAAUGCAAUUCACUUAUUAGUCAAAUUAAUACUUUAAAUGUAAAAUAACAUGAAAUACAGUUGUUGUUUUUUUUUAUUAUAUCACCAACAAAACAAUGCGGCCGAGUGGUUAGCAUGUUGGCCACACAGUCAGGAGAUCUGAAGACCUGGGUUUCAAUCUCCGCUCGGGCAUCUCUUGUGUCGUUUGCUUUUUCUCCGGGUACUCCGGCUUCCUCUCAUUCCAAAAAAAUGCAUGUUAGGUUAAUCGGUGACUCUAAAUCGUCCAUAGGUAUGAAUGUGAGCGUGAAUAUGUGCCGUGCGAUUGGCUGGCCACCAGUCCAUGGUACACCCCGCCUCCCGCCCUAAGUCAGCUGGGAUAGGCUCCAGUAUACCCCCACGACCCUAAUUAGGAUAAGAGGCAUAGAAAAUGGAUGAAUUGUCGCAUUUUUAGUGCUAGUAUCAUUUCAUUGUUAUUUUUUUGUAUUUUAUCAGGGAUUAUUAUGAUCCAAACACGAUGUUGUCGAUGUCUAAAGAUAGAAAUUGCCCAGGCAGGUGACACAUUUUAUAUGCAGUGUAUGACGGCUUGAAGCAAUUCAGACAAUGUUCUUUUUUUUUUUUUUUUUUUUUUUAAUUCAUAUCACCAUUUUCCACUUCCCUUAUCGCAUGUCCUCGCUCCACUUGAACAGUUCCUCCAGUGGAAUGUCAGGAAACAGACACAGCAGAUGAGAGCAAAAGGCUGGUACAUGAAAACAUGAAAUUACAGUCAUUCAUCACCGCCCAUGCCCUGGAAUACAUUGUACAUUGCACAUUGUUCAUACCUAACGCUGUGAUUUUACCUGAAGGUGAGUGGAAGGUUGUUGCUGGGUGUUUUCUUGGAUGUCUGCUGUCACAUUUAAAGGACCGCCCACAUUUGACUAUGCCUUCCUCCUCUAUGAGAUGUGCUUUGUUGUCAUCUUCAUUUUCUGCUUUAUAAACAUGGUACCAAAUUGAAUACAUAUUUUUAAGAUGGAAAAGUAGGCAUCCGGUGUUUACCAAAACCGUACAUAUCACCACCUAUUAUGUAUAUACAAAGGACUUACUCUCUCAAAUGUUUGUUUGCAAACAUGCCUCAGUGUACCUGAACUGCGUGACUACUCUCCCUCCCAUCUAUGUCUUCUUGUGCUGUUUUAUUAAUUAGGACACAGCGCAGUGGUCCUCAGAGGAGGCUUCACCUUGAGAGAGAUGUUUUAUAUGCCGUUACAGAUUUAUAUAAAAAAUAGAAAUUAAAAAAAUAAUAAUCAGUGUUUGUAUAUAGAGGCGAGUUGGGGUUUGCUGGAGUUUUACACUUUGAAUGGUGUAAAAAAAAAAAAAAAACAUGCCAAUGUGGAAUUAUCUGUAGAAACUAAUGUUCAGAUCCAGUUUGGGUUUUCUUUUCUAUUUUAUUGUUCAGGUUUAACAAUGACUUUCUGUUUGUAUUUUUAAGUGCUGGUAUUUUAACACCAUUUGAAUAUAUCCGUCUUGGAAUCUAAUCACAGUUUCAUCACGAGAAAGGUUAUCGUUGUUUUUCUUUUUCUUUUUUACUAAAAAAAAAAAAAAGGGGGGGGGGGUGUAUAAGAAUUUCAAAAUCCAAACAUCAGUUAAUAGAAGUGUUCAAAGGAGGAAAGAUUUUUGGAGAAAUAUUUUUUUCUAACCGAACUGUUCUGGAAGGAAGUCAUCACGCUUUUGUAACAGAAUAAAGGAAUAAACAAUGUAUGUUUCUUCA